GGUCCCACCAAGAACUCCAGUGGGAUUGCAUUAGUAGGCAGUUGUGAGUUCGCCAUUUUGAGGCAGUCGAGUGAAGCUGAGGCUGAAGUCAAAGUACAAGCGGCCCUCACACGACCUAAUUCAAACGUAGACGUUCUCCGGACAAUCCUAGACCAUGAGCGGCAGUCGAGUCUUCAUCGGCCGCUUGAGCCCGCACGCCCGCGAGAGAGACGUGGAGAAGUUUUUCAAGGGCUUUGGACGGAUCCGUGAAAUCAACUUGAAGAACGGAUUUGGUUUUGUGGAGUUCGAUGAUCACAGGGAUGCUGAUGAUGCAGUGUAUGAAUUAAACGGCAAAGAACUGUGCAGUGAAAGGGUUACCAUCGAGCACGCUCGCUCCAGGAGAGGACGGGGCGGUGGCGGCGGCGGCGGAGGAGGUGGCGGGUCCAGAAUGGGAGGCUUUGGUGGCUAUCGGCCAUCGCGCAGCAGUGGUUCAAGGUACGGACCUCCGGUGCGCACGGACCACCGGCUGAUUGUGGAGAACCUGUCGUCGCGCAUCAGCUGGCAGGACCUCAAAGACCUGAUGAGAAAAGCCGGAGAGGUGACCUUUGUUGACGCACACAGGCCCAACAAAAACGAAGGGGUCGUUGAGUUCGCAUCCCGAAGCGAUAUGAAGAACGCCAUCUCCAAGCUGGACGGCACCGAGUUGAACGGACGCAAGAUUAAGAUCUUUGAGGACAGUCGAGGCCACAGCCGAAGCCGCUCUCGCUCCCGUUCCCGCAGCCGCAGCUACUCGCGCAGCCGCUCCCGCAGCCGCAAUCGCUCCAGGAGCCGCAGCCGCUCCCGCACGCCCAGCCGCACCCCGGAAAAGAAGCCGGCAGGCGGCGGUCCCAAAACCGGCGACCGCUCCCCCUCCCGCUCCAAAUCCCGGUCCAAGUCCCGCUCCAAAUCCCGGUCCAAGUCUCGCUCCAAAUCCCGGUCCAAGUCGCGCUCGCGCUCCCGGUCCCGUUCGCCUCCACCGGCUCAGAACAACCAGUCGCGCUCUCGCUCCAGGUCCCGUUCGCGAUCUCGCUCGGCCUCCGCCGAGAGCAAACACUGAGAGGCGGAAAGGCGUGUACGUGAUUGUCGUUGUUCAACUCCAUGGAGGGUUGCCUUUGUUAUCCUUUUUCAUUUUGGAAUUCUUAGUUUGGACGUGCUUCCACAGGAAAGUCCUGCUUGUUUUCUUUGUGUGCCCUUUCGUAUAGUUUUAAUUCCAUGUUUGCAUCAAGUGUAGCCAUUUCCAUGCGGGCUUCAUGCUUUGAGAUGACAUUGUAUUUACCACACUUACCUAGAUUUGUUUGGACUGUGACGCGUCUUCAAGAGAUUAUUACACGCGGGACUCUUAAUCAGCCAUUUUGUUCAGAAAAAUUCACUUUUUCUUGUGAAGACAAAACAAGUGACUUAAUGUUUUGUGGUUUUGUGAAUUGUGAGACUCGCAUCAUUCGUCAUCUUACAAAAUAAACUUUUCACAAAUGA